AUGAAGUGUGAUUUUAAUUGUAACCAUCUUCAUUGUGGGCUCCCAUCGCUAAAACCAAGUGAAACGGAUACAAGAACAGAAGAAUCUACUGCUUCUGAUUACAGUGAAGAGUUUUGCAAAGACUGCGCCAAAGAGUAUCAGAAGCUUUUGUACAGUGACCUGCACCAUGGGAACAUAAGAAAUGCCAGCAUCAAAAGUGAAGAGAAGUUCAUACAUAACAAAGAAAAUCAACAAAUAUCGUGGCCUGCUAGGAGAACAAAUGCAGUGGAAAGUAGCAAAUUCAGUGAGGACAGUGGAUAUUCCUCUUUGCUAAGUAGUCCGCAUGAACCCUUUGAGCAUGAUGACAGUUUGCCAUUGGCAGGAAACCUUGAGACACCUAACUGCCGGUUCAUUCAGAAUAAAAGUCAUCUGCACUGUUCAAAAAGGAAUUUGCUUCCAGUGCGCCAUUUUGAGGAACUUGUUUGCUCAACUUUAAAAAGAAACAAUAAAAGAAAUCCAAAGUCAUUGGGUAUUUUUCUGGACAAAAUGGUUUCCAGAGGAAGCCUGGGUUUUAAGAAUCUAAUUGGCAGAAAAAUGGGAGUGGAUCGUUUGGACAUACUUAGUGAAUUAUUCAACAGAGAAUUCAGACAUAUAUUAACAAACAUCCUAAGGCACCUCAGUGACAUAGACUUGAUAAACAUGGCUAAAGUAAGCACAACGUGGAAGAAAAUUUUACAAGAUGACAAGCGGGCUUUUCAGACAUAUAACAAAGCAUUAAGAUUAAUUUGUCAUAACAGUGCAAAAUCUUCAAAAACAAGUGACACAAGAGAAUACAUUCCUCAUCGAGAAGUGUUAGCACUUGUUCAAAAAGCAUCAAUUGUGCAAAACGCAAAAAAAUCAUCCGGUUUCAAGGUUGACCACAGUAGUCGGAGUUCUUACAGCCGGCACACACAGUUUUCGGAGAUUGCCAAGACACUGAAAAAUACUGAAAGCCUGAAAAUUUGCCACCGUUGUAGCUCUCCUGCAAAAUACGAUUCUCACCUACAAAGGGCAGUGUGUAUUCGUGAAAGCUGUGGUUUUGACUUUUGCACUAAGUGCUUGUGCAGUUACCACAAUGCCAAGAAUUGCUUAAGUGAAAAGCCUGUGAAACCAGCCUCCAUACGAGGACCUCUUCCUGGUACCAAAAAAAGCAAGCAGAAUUUGCAAAGAUUAUGAUUUGUGUAGGAUGACUUUAGUGCUAGUGCACCCUAUAGGUUAUCUGGAGAUCCUUCAAAAAAGUGAACAUGAAAGUACUAGCUCUUUAUAAAUGUUUUAAAGAAAAUAUAAAUGUUUCUUGCAGUUCUUUCCAAUAGUUGCUUAAAAAAAAGCUUGUUUGAAAGGAACUUUGUGUAACUAUUGCCCUAUGAUUCCCUGCUUUUUUAAAAAAGGAAAAGAUAUUCAGCAAAAAUUUUAAACAGUAUCCACUGUGUGAUUUAAAAAUUAGCAGGCUAAUAAGCCAUUUUGGCAAGUAGUCCUGCAAUAGAAUUUUAUUAGUGCAUGAGGAGAGUGAGGGAAUAAUAAAAUUGUUUUUAAUAAAUGAACUUAUUUUUAAUUAUAUAUUUUGACUUCAUGCCUCCUGGAAAAAAAACUUUUUAUAUUAGAAGCUACAAGGAUAGAGUUAUAUACUUGAUGCCUGAAAUUUCUACCAAGUGUGUGAUCUGGUCAUUUUCCAAAUAUUUUGCUUUCUCUCAUGGCUGCAGGCUUCAGAAUCCAUGAAAUUUAAACUAAUGCUAAAGUUAUCCCCCACCCCCACUCUUGUGUAUGUAGCCUGGAUAUUUUAUCUCCUUUUCUGGACAAAUAUUCUGGUUACCAGCCUUUCUUUACUCCUUUAUUGAAGUUUUUUUCUGUAUAUAUUUGUAAAUACGUAAAUAUUUGUCUGUUUGCUGAAAAAUAAACUUAACUUUAUAAACUAAA